AUGGCGAGGACUCUGCUCCAGCCCAAUAGGGCCGAUCAGGCAACCGCGUCCUCCCACUCCCACACCGGCGCGGCGGCGACCUCCCUCCUCCUCCUCCUACUUGUCGUCGCCGCCGCCGCGGUCGUCGUGUCUCUCUGCACCAGCGGCAAGAACGCCAGGCCACGGAAGCAGCGCCGGUCGUCCUCCCUGGCGCCGGCGCCGCAGCAGGAGUUGGAGCAGGAGCAGGACGGCGGCGGCGCCAGCAGGAACAAGCAGCUGCUCGCCAGCCUCAGCGGCAUCGGCGUCAAGGCGGCCGCGGUGGCCAAGAUGGUCUCGUGGAACCGCCGCUCGCCGCCGGCGAGUGGCUGGAGCAGCGACGACGACGACGUGGCCGCCGACGGCGACGGCGCCGCGGAGGAGGAGGCGCUGUGGAAGAAGACCAUCAUCUUGGGCGACAAGUGCCGCCCGCUCGAGUUCUCCGGCGACAUCGCUCACGAUUCCGACGGCAACCCGAUGCAGUUUCAACCGUCGGCGAUCAACAAGGAUGCCACCGACGAUGCGGCGGCCGAGGGUUAG